AUGGCCUCUCGCGGGGACCAGUAUCAACAGCGGCAGCAGCUGCAGCGCCCACAGCAAACGCCUUUACAAGCUUCGCUGGAACAACAACAGGCAGGACAGGCAAAGGCGCGUAGUUACAGCAUUCAAUCUCAGAAAACCCAUCGAAGUAGUGGGAGCAAGCACGAUUUCCACGAGACCCACGAGGAAAAGGAAGCUAGGCGAUUACACAGCAAAGCUGAUCCCACAUUGGCUAUGAACGAAGCUGAGCCAUCCAUGGUCGCGGCCAUGAAGUCGGAAAGGACCCAAAUCUCUCUUCGCACAAUACAGCACAAGGAUCCCUGGGGGAACCCCAUCGACACUGAUUCAGUAGCAAACUGGAAUAGACGAAGCAGUGUCCAAACUGCGAAUCAGCCACGAUUCCCUCAAGACAGUUAUUACGGCAGUCGGCCUGUUUCGUUCAGGGGAGAUAGCCAGUAUGCACUACCCACGCCGGGAACAGUAAGGAACAGCGUCUACGACAACCCAAAUGCCAGCGGCGGCUACAAUAAUAGUGGCUAUGAAAGAGGAUAUGCGGGCAGUAGGCACCUGUCUCGGGAUCGCAGCCAAAGGGUGCAAUCCGAGUCGCAUUACCAGAUGUACGGGCGCGAGCAGGGUGUUUAUCCUAUGCCUCACAAGGACAGGUCAUAUGAGACUGUAACAUCCGCUGCACCUAGCGGCAACUCAGACCCCGCUGGCUAUCAGACGGACCCUACGUCCAGCGACAACAGCUCGAUCGAGAGGGUAUCACCAGCGAAACGGUCCGAGCCCGUCAAUGAUUAUGGCAUCGGAUUCAGUCAAACAAAUGCAUACGAUGUUCAAAACUUCUCUGUCGGCAAGCAGGUUAAGGACAAUUCUCUGCCGCCACUGCCACUUCCUCAUGCGGAGCCUCAGGCGGCUCCUCCUCCCCAAUCUGUGCCUCGCAAAGGGUCUCUUUUGCGACGAAAAUUGUCACAAACAAAUGCCAAUCCAGAGAAGCAGAAGAGCUGGUUUAGCCGUCGCUUUAGCAAAAACAGCUAG